AUGACGAAGAAAGCAUGCAGCAAAAGAAGAAGAAAGGCGAUCAUCGGUUCUACAUUAUCGGAAAGCUCACCGGCGUCAGAAGAAGUAAUUGCGAGCAAUGAAGAUCUCCUUACAGAGAUUCUCUUACGCCUACCCGCCAAAUCCCUAAUCAGAUUCAAGUCCGUCUCCAAGAAUUGGCUCCAUCUCAUCUCCGAUUCUCACUUUGCCGUCAACCACUCUCGUCGAAUUCGCAAUUCCUCCAUGAUCUCUGGCUUGUUCUUCUACUUCGACUAUUCUCGUUCAGAGCUUCAGUCUGUCUCGCUUCACGCCCACCCAAAUCGCAGUCUUCCCACUCUCUCCUUCCUCGACGCUGUUGGAGGUGAUCGUCCAUUUAGGAUUAGAAGCGCUUGCAACGGUUUAAUUUUGUGCCAGAGCUAUCAAAUUGUUUGUAAUCGUUUUAGAAAAAAUUACGUUGUUUGUAAUCCAACCACCCAGAAAUUCACUCUACUUCCUCAACUUGAUUGUCUAAGUCUUUCAUGUGAACUAUGGGGUGUUUACUUGGCUUUUGAUCCUUCAAAAUCACCUCACUACAAAGUUGUUUUCUUUCGACCCUGUUAUCAAUUUGAUAUCUACUCUUCCGAGACUGCGUCUUGGAAACAAAUUACUGUCAGUGAAUGUGAACCACUGGGUGAUUGCCUUGAAGGUGUGUUUUGGAAUGGGGCAAUCCAUUGGUUGAGUCACGAGGAUGUUCACUUUAGAUUUGACGUUGAUGAAGAGAAGCUCAUAAAAACCCAUAAUCCUCCAAGUCCUAAAAUUCUUUCUAUGGCCAAGACUAGGUAUUUUGGGGAAUGUGGUGGUCAUUUGCUUCUUAUUCAGAUGCGUUUGCGAAAUGCUAUGGGAUUCAGAAUCCUUGAGAUGGACAGGGUCUCCUUCCAUUGGUUUGUGAAAUGCCGCCUCAAUCUUAGACCCUUAAUUUCUGUAUUCCCUGAGAUACACAAAGAUGACAGAAGCAAAAGAUACAAAUUUCAUGUGCUAUGUGUUGUGAAGGGAGUCAGCGAAAAUGAUUUUGCGUUGGUGUUAGCUACUGCUGGCAAAGCAAUUUAUUAUGAUCUCAAGUGCAAGUCAUCGAGGGUGCUUCUAGAGCAUUUGCCUCUACUUAACUUUCAUGCACCAAGUUUUCGCCGUUAUCCUUGUUCUCAGACUUACAAAUUCGUUGAAAGUCUAGCCCCUGUUUGA